AUGUGCUCACUCGGCUGUUUCCUGUCCUCUAACCACACCAAUCCAUUUAAGGAUAUUACCUUUGACAUGUGCUUCUACCUUCAAUUAGUUCUGGGAUCUGUCAGGUCCUAUGGCAGCGUAUACAAGGCACUCCACAAAGAGUCAGGGCAGGUGCUGGCCAUCAAGCAGGUGCCUAUUGACACUGACCUUCAGGAGAUAAUUAAGGAAAUUUCCAUCAUGCAGCAGUGUGACUCCCAUCAUGUUGUCAAAUACUACGGCUCCUACUUCAAGGAUUCUGACUUAUGGAUCGUAAUGGAGUACUGUGGUGCUGGUUCAGUAUCUGACAUCAUGAGGCUACGGAAGAAGACACUCACUGAAGAGGAAAUAGCGACUGUAAUAUACGACACCUUGCGUGGUCUAGAGUACCUCCACCUUAGACGGAAAAUUCACCGGGAUAUUAAAGCCGGAAAUAUCUUACUCAACACUCAAGGUCAUGCCAAAUUAGCCGACUUUGGAGUGGCGGGUCAACUGUCGGACACAAUGGCCAAAAGAAACACUGUGAUAGGAACUCCUUUUUGGAUGGCCCCAGAAGUGAUUCAGGAAAUAGGUUACGACUGUGUAGCUGAUAUAUGGAGCUUAGGUAUAACAGCAUUGGAGAUGGCGGAGGGUAAGCCCCCCUACGGAGACAUCCACCCCAUGCGCGCCAUCUUCAUGAUCCCGACCAAACCCCCACCAUCAUUCCGAGAACCUGACCAGUGGCAACCAGAGUUCAUUGAUUUUGUCUCCAGGUAA